ACGAGGAAGUUGUCAGGUGCGGGAAACCGGCGGCCAACGCGGAAGCUGCGACCUGUGGGUGUUUAGGUGGCGCAGACCCCCUUCACGGGUGGGCCAUGGCUCGUGGGCUGCGUGGCUCGCUGUCCGUGAUUCUUUGCUUGUGGAUAUCUGCGGUUAUCGGUGAUGGAAAAGCCCUCAGAGUCCUCCGGAACCGGGAGACCAACUGCUCCCAGGCAGGGAUCGCAUGUACGAUACACGAAAGUAGCUGCCUGGACUUCAGUUGGCUACGGCCUUAUGAUUGGACCCCGUCUGCUCCUUCAAGCCUGGAGGUGAAGCCAGUGUUGGGUAUGGAUGACCGAGGACAAAGCGUACCGGUUCUGGAGAUUAAUUGGACAUUGUCAGCCGACUCCAGCAUACGGAAUCUCCAGGGCGUCGAGGUCGAGGUCAUACAGAUCAGCACCAGCCGACAAAACUGUGUCCAGUUUCACUUCUUAGAACAAUUCCCCAAACAAGUCAACUUUGAGAAUAAGCCGUGGCGAUUCUCCUUCAAAGACUUUGAGGUGGAACACAGCCAGACGUACCUCGUGUCGGUUCAGAACCUUCCCAGACUGAGCGAUGUGAACAGCUUAGCGAAGACCGUCACCGUUCCAAGCUGCAGUAACCAGACGCUGAUGACCGAUUCCUGUUGUCAACAUGGGUAUUGUUGGAAGCCGAAUAUCAGCAUAGAAAGAAUUGGUGACGAAUUACUGGUCAGUUUUGAUCCGUGGGACGAGGCCGACUUCUAUCGCAUACAAGUAAAGAAUAUCAAAAUCUCGAGGCUUAACAGAAAUAUGGAGAUAAAACCGGUAAAUAACGCUCUGCGGCUGAACGCGUCGUGUUUUGUCACCGGGAUCAGCCCUCUCUGCUGGUUUCGUGUUCAGCUUUGGGCUGUCACGCCGUUCUGUUCCUCCGACUGCAUCAGAAAGGAUUUCGCGUUAGAUUGUCCACCAGUCACGGAGACCACCCCGGAGACCACCACUCCGCCGCCCGGGCCGACAAGACUCGCGCGCAUAUGGGCCUCUGUAGCAGCCGCCAUUAUUCUGGCUUUCAUUGCUCUUGCCCUGUUAUGCUGCGUACGCCGAAAAGAACCUGACAAAAGUGACAACGAGAAAGAAACCCCCGCCAUCUUGCCCGUAGUGAAGAAAGUGUGGCUGGUGUACUCUGCGGAUAGUAGUCUCUACGUGAACGUGGUGAUCAAGCUGGCGGACUUUCUGAAGGUGGCUUGGGGCAUGGAGGUCAUCCUGGACCAGCAGCACCUCAGCGACAUCGGGGUGGCCGGGGCCUUGACCUGGCUAAGCCGCCAGAAGGCAGACAUAGAGAAAACGAAGGGCACGAUCCUCGUUCUUUGCUCCCGAGGAGCGCAGGAGAAAUGGAAAGCCAUGCAAACGAGGGAAAAGCCACGAGUGUCACUGAGACAGGACAGAGAGAACCUCCUGGGAGACCUCUUCACGGCUGCCCUCUCCCUUAUCGUCCCCGAUUUCCAGAAAGGUUUGCACUACGAGCGAUACGUCGUGGCGUAUUUCGAUCAGCUGAGUAAUUCCGCCGACGUCCCUUCGUUAUUUAAUAUUUGCCCCCUGUAUAACUUAACGCAAGACCUUCAAGACGUGUUCUUUCGAAUCCAGAGGCAGGAGAGGCAUCAGCCGUCGGUAGAAUUUUCGGCUCCCCAAGAACUGGCCCCUGGCUACGAAAGCCUGAAAAAAGCUGUGUCGAGGUGCAAGACCUGGCAAGAAAAACACUUGGAUUGGUUUGAGAACGAAUGCUCGAUGAAACCCGCAGAAGAUCGGCGGGAUGAGUAUGAAGAAGAGACUGAAGAAAGUCUUACUCGCAGGGUGAAUCCCGUCAUCAGCUAUUGUGAAGGUCCCGUUACCAUGGUAAUCCCUAAAAUCAACGAACCUCACCGUUCCGAGGCGGUAAAACCCAUGAUUGUUGAUGGACCUCUAAGCGUCCAAGUGCAGACUGUCCUAUGUAGGGAUGGGGCGUCCUUACAAACGGUACAUCCCUUGUCGGAUCCGUGGGACGCGCUUAUACAGCAACAGCGGCCGCUCUUUGAGGAGAGAGGCCUCGUGGGCGACCGGAACGGAUUCAUCGUCCGGGAUCCGGCCCCUUACUUACAACAAGACUUUUCCGAGGAGGCUCUGGAGGAGGCGUCCGUACGGCUUUUUGAGAUGUUCCGGCGGAACUCUGUAGACGCCGUCGAGAUGUCCUUCCGGAACGAACCGUCCGUAGAGGUGCCAAAUAAACCGCUGGAGCACUCUGACGAAGGAUACUUGUCGUGGAACUCAGCCGGGAAGACGGGAGCCUCCCAGAAGGUGCCACUCAUGCUGGCCCAACAGAACUAAAGGGAAAUGGGUCGCCGGCCAUUCCAUAUAUUAAUAUUAAACUGUUAAUAUUAUUAUCUAUGUAUAAUAUUUGAAUGAUUUCUUUAAUUACCGGUAAUGCUAAUUAUGUAAUAUACCUUUUGACAUAUAGUUGCUGUAACACUCAAUAUGAUUUUAUACAUCUUAGGUACGAUAGAAUUUCUUAAAAAUCAAGUUUAUAGAGAAGAUUAAAAAAAAUACCUACAAGGUACAUUUACUAAACUUUGUAAGCGGGAUGAUAUUAAUACAUUUUUUCAUAAAUUAGGUUUUAAAUGUAUUAUUUCAUAUCAAUUUGGUUUGUAACUGAUGCAUUAACAAUUAAUUUUCUUAAAAAGGCCCAAUUGUUUCUAUUUAAAUUUUUAUAUAUCAUAAUUUGAUGAUAUAAUUAUAAUGUGAUUUGUUUUCUUUAAUUAUUG